UUUUUCUCACGCGGAUCUCCUCUUCUUCUCCAAUUUUCCCACAGCUGAUUGAACUUUUAAUUACGAUGCACAUAAAUAUGAAAAUACAAAUGGUUGCCUUUUGCCAAGAAGCACACACCAGAGUUCAACAACCUUUCCUUCCGACCUUGAAGAAGGCAGCAUGCCUUUCAACAAAAUCCUUGUUAUCCUCGGCUGUAGCAUCCUUCUCUUUACCGCAAAGGCCCAGGCGGCCCCAGCGGCAAAAGCGCCAUGCACACUCACGGUUCCUCCUAAUGCCCUUUCCGCCCAAGGGCUAGCUACCCCUUACGAACUCGCUGGCGGCUGCAAGCAGUCUGAUCCAAACACACAAAGCUUUGUAGAGGCCACCAUCCUGGAUCCCGCCACUGGAGAACUGUUUGCAUAUUCUCCUCUCGUCAUCACAAAAGGGACCAAACCCGCCAUUGCACCUGUUGUUCCCACCCUUCCCGCAAAUGCGAUUGUUGGCAUUUGGUUUGGUACCAAUGCAGACAAUCUCCAGCUUGUCGACGUAAAGGGUUCGCUCAAGCAAGCCAAAUGUGUCAAUGGUCUCGGAAACAGCAUUUUCGGUCAAUUUGCUUCUUGCAACGGAGCGGGCUUCUUUGCUGCAGCGCAAAAGCAAGCCAAGAUUCCCCAACUCGGUAACGCUAAAGACGGUACCACCUGCCCCACUGUCCGAUCGUUCGCCGUUAUCGACCAGGACCAAUCAGAUAAUGUAAAUACGCAAUACCUCCAAGUUGGAGAAACUACUGCGCAGGAUACAGCAGACAACAGGAAAAAACUGGGAAAGAAAGCCAAAGUUAUUAACAAUGGUUCCGACAACGCUCUUCUCACAGCCUUUUUGGACCCUGCUAUCGGAUGCACUCCGUUCCUCGUGUCCGCCUUGGAUGAUCCUGGCGCAAAGCGCGCAACCCUUGGUACAGACGAACUUCAAGCCUCCCUCCAAGGAGCUCCCGUCGCCCUAAUACCCGCCAAUGAUCCGAUGGUGCUCGUUAAUGGCAAGCAGAAUCUCAACAAAAUCAAUGCCUACCGCAAAGAAGUCGGUCAAACUCUCGCUGCGACGCUUAAAGACGCUGACCCCAAAACAUAUUGUCAAAACUUUGCCAAGGUUGCGCCGCCUGUAAUCCAGAGUCAAAAAGGUUUGACCAUCAAAGGAACUACGCCGGAUCCCGCCACAGGCAACAACUUGUUUACCUUUCUUGGGGCACGAUUUGCAAACUCUUUUGGAGCGGAUGGUUUGAAUUGUGAGGGGUUACUCGGGUUUAAAUCACCAAUUACUCCCGUCUUGAAUGGGAAGGGUGUGGCCAUCGACCUCAAAUUUGCAAACAAUAACAACAACCAGAACAACAAGCAGAAUAACAAACAGAACAACAACCAGAAGAACGGCCAAGCAAACGCAAACCAAAACACCACGCAAACGGCCAACAACAACACCUCUCAAAAGAAUAACAAUAAGCAGAACAACAACCAGAAGAACGGCCAAGCAAACGCGAACCAAAACACCACGCAGACGGCCAACAACAACACCUCUCAGAAGAAUAACAAUAAGCAGAACAACAACGAAAAGGACAACCAAAAGAACAAGCAGAACAACAACCAGAAGAACGGCCAAGCAAACGCAAACCAAAACACCACGCAGACGGCCAACAACAACGCUUCUCAAAAGAAUAACAACAACCAGAACAACAAGAAGAAUAACAACCAGAAUAACAAGCAGAACAACAACCAGAAGAACGGCCAAGCAAACGCGAACAAGCAGACGGCCAACAACAACACCUCUCAAAAGAACACCAACUAGACAGUCCAUGACGAAUGACCUCGCCCCCUCACGCUCAACACCGGCGCUGCUAGUAGCUCACCGACUCUUUGAUAGUCAUUUACAAUAGACGUAUGUAUAGUUUACUGGUCAGUCGAUACAGCGGUGCAUAUUUGUGAAAAGUGUACCAUAAAACUAAAUAGAGAGAAUUUUUCUUUGCAUUUGUUGAAAUCUGUUGCAACCAAGUCUUGCUUGAGAGGGCGAUGCUUUGAAAUUCUUUUU